AUGAAGGAUUGGGACAUUCCUAGGCCACAAAGGCGCCGUUUGGCAGGCAAGGCUCUCCGUGGACGCCACUAUUGCUGCUACCGCUGCUGCAGACUUCUCUGCGUAUGUCAUCCGACGACCCAAUUCCAACAUCAUGCAAAUGUUGAACCUAUUGCUCACAUCUCAACUAGAAAGGUAUGGGACACACAUACUGGGGAGUGUCUGCACACAUUGCAGCACUCCCACAUUGUCCGAGCCGUUGCGUUCCCCGUUCAAGCCGGCCCUCAAAUCCUAGCCACAGGUGGCAUGGAGAAGAAAUUACGUAUCUUUGACCUCUCCAGAGCUCAGGGCAGUAGUUCAUCUUCACCUACGUCUCAAAAUGCAGCCAACGGCGCAAGUUCCAACUCAUCUUCCUCCAACGCCAUGAGCUAUGAGAUUGGUCCGGGCAUACACAACGGAACUAUCAAAUCUAUUAUCUGGUACCAGGACUACAACAUCCUUGUGACUGCCGCAGAUGACAAGAAGGUUCGAUGGUGGGAUCUCCGUUCUCGUCACCCAUGUGCGGAAUAUGCCGUGGAUGGGACAAUUGGUAGCUGUGAGAUGAAUGCGAUUUCAACGACACCUAACGACCCGGGCGUAUUGAGCGUUGCUGCAGGCAAAGCAGCGUACUUUUUUGACCCCGUGCAGCCAGGCCGGUUGUUGAAAAAGACUGAUUUCUCGUAUGAGCUUGCUAGUAUUGCAGUUAACAAGGCAACGAGCCGGUUUGUCACCGGCAGCACAGGCGAUACAUGGGCGCGCGUUUACGAUCUUGAAUCCAACGACGAGCUUGGUUGCUAA